ACAGGCAAAAUGAAAUUCCUUGCUGUAUUCGCUGCCCUUCUCGCCGUCGGCGCCGCUUCCCCGGUUGCCUGGACUCUCCAAGAAAUCGAUUCUGCACUCCAGAACCCUAGCACUGACCCAGCAAUUAUUCCCUACCUGGAAGCCGCACUUGACAAGAUCAUGAACGCCCUAUACGAAGGAUUAACAGUUGAAUCCAUUGUCAUCCCCAUCCCCGGUGUUGUCGAGAAACCACAGAUCAACCCUUCACCUGCUGCUGUCCCCGAACUAGGACCUAUCUCCGCUCCACUGGUACAAGUCAUCGUAAACGUCAACAAUGAACAAAAGGUUGUUCCCGAAACCCCAGCCAUCAUUGACGAGGUGGAGAACCAACCAAUUGACAACAACCCAGCUCUGAUCCCAGAAGGUCCCAGUGGCCCAACUGACAUCAAUCCUAUAGACGUAAUUGCUGUGAACCCUGGACACUAAAGAGCACAUGCGCCUUUAACAUAUAUAUAACUUAAUGAUAUUGUAAAAAUUACUUCGUAUUGACGACAUAUUUCAAAUCAAGUGUUAAUAAAUUAAAAAUUACUUUUGAAA